GAAUUAGUUGAGGUGAUGGCACUUCUUUGUCCACCAGACAUCAGAAGAGCAAGACUAGAAAUCUUUUGUCUGCCUUCAGCAAUCACAAUAGACAAUGAUGAGUGUAUUGAUGAAAGAGGGCUGCUAAAGAACUCUGUCAUUCAGAAGCGCCAGUACGAACUAGAUUACCCCCUGUCCUCAGCAGUCAGACAGAAAGAUGACACCGUGUAUGGCUACUGCAACCACGCACCUUUCAUCUGUAAAUACCAUCUUGCCAAAAAGAAAACCUGGAAAGAUGCGUCAGUUACUUUAUCAGAGAAGAAGAUUCCAAGCAACCAGUUUGCACCAGGGUUCCUCCAUUUUUCACCUAACAGCCAGCUGUUGGCAUCAGUGGCUAAGGAUGGAGUAUUGUUUAUCCAUGAUGCUGUUACUUUGGAAACAGUUGCUCGGGAGCAUUGCCAUUCUUACCAAGGACAGGGAAUUGGAUCCUUGGCAUUUUCAUUGGAUGGCCAGUUCAUUCUUGUCAAUGGCGUGGAUGAUGGUACCCUUGUAUGCCUGAAAUGGAAGACUGGAGACGAUGAAAUUAAGGAAGCUACUGAUUAUUGGCGACUCAUUCUCGCCGUUCUGAACAACUCAAUUUACAGUGAAAAUACUGUUUUAAAGUCCAUGGCGGAAUGGAACAUUGCUACAGAGUCCCUACUGGAAUCAUCCUUGGAAAAGGAAUCUCAGGAAAUGCUCCAGAAGAAACCAAGUGUGGAGGUGACGGAUGAAGAUAGCUACCACAACCUGAACAUACUCAGUACUGAUGAAAUGACAUGGCUCAACCAGAAAGUUCAGAAGGCCAUCAAAGAAGAGAUCAAGAAGUUUGCUGACAAGAGGAAAGAACUGAAAAAAGGAAUUAAAAAGCUCCGUAAAACUAUUCAGGAAAUGAUGUAUGAAAAUGAACAGGUGCCUGAUAUUGAAAGACUGGACCAGCAGGAAUUCAACCUGGACAUCGAAGAACAGGAAAGGCUGCAGGCGGAGAGUGAACAAGAAGUGGCCAGGGUAAGGAAGGAGAUUGAGAUGGAGAAUCUAGCCAAAUGCUAUCUGCGUGACAUCAUCAAAAAGGAAUGCUGGAACUCCAUGUCCAUAAAAGGUCGUGCAAUUAAGUGCUUCCAUGCAGCCUAUAAGGUGACGAAUUACCCAAUGAAAGAACGUAGUAAAGAAGAGUUGGAAGCCUUGGAAAGGGUACUGCAGUUAAAGAAGAUUGAGUCAGCUGAUUUUAAGAUUCGGAAGGAGAUUGUUGAGAUUCAGUCUCAGGCUGUACCACCUAAGGAGGAAGGGGAGAAGGUGGAAGAAGAAGCUGUGACUGAUGAGAGCACCUCCAAUUCCCUGAUCGGGAGCCUGAGUGCUCAGUUUGGGGGAGACACAUCCAUCUUAUACCACCAAAUGGACCUGCACACCAGGGAGGAGAAGAUUAAUCAGAUCAUAUUACUGCAGGACAUCAUUUACAAAGUGAAAACUGCCUUUAAUAAGGAGUUUGACACCGUUGCUCGACAGAAGGAGCAGGAGAUUGCACGUGUAAAGGAAAGGAACCUGAGGAUCCAAGAAAUCGUAGAACAGCUCGAACUCCAGGAGGUGGUCUGGGAGCCAGCUCUGACAGAUGAUGAGAUACCAGAGCACGCUCUCACUGUCCAGGAUUCAGAGAUUAAAGUUGAAAAAUACCUUACCCCACAGCAGAGAGCGAAAGCGGAGAUGAUGGCUAAGAUUGAAAUGGAAAGACGUCUUGCUGCUCUGAACAGUGCAAGACAACGUGCCCUUUAUGACAUGAUGAGUGGGGUCCUAGAAAUCAAAAAGGAAGACAUCUUGAAGAUAGAGAUUCCCGCACCUCCUUUUGUUUCUAAACCUGAUGCCCUUUGGAAUGAAGAAGAAAAGAAAGUAUUCAAGGAAUAUGAGAAAAAAGUUAAGGAGCUGAAUGAAGAAAGGGAAAAAUACAGAAAGACACUAGAAACUGAAUUGAAGAAACUUCAAACCUCCAUUCAGGAAACAACACAAACUUUUGAUGACACCGUAAGCAAGCUCUUUGAGCGGAAAGUUAAAUCAGAGAUGGUCAUAUACCAGGAGGAACUCAAAAUAAACAACCUCCUUUACUCUUUGCUGUUGGAUGAAGAGCUGAGCACAAGAGAAGCCGGACUGAAUCACUUCCUUGACAAGAAGCGGAAGGAGAAGCUCAGUACUUCAGAGGAGGUCCAGGUUGUACGAGCACAAGUUGAUGCUUACAGAGAGACCUAUGACAACUUAGUAGCUGAAGACAAAAUUCUGGAACGUGGCUUUAAAAAGGAAUUUUCUGAUGUUCCGGUGCAUCACAUUGAUCAUCUUUUCAAACUUUACAAACGCCGACCAAGAGCCCAGAAGAUCAAGAUGCACCUUGACACUGCUAACCCUUAUGGAGAUCGGCCAGGCUCAGCCAGAGCUUACAAAGAGGCACUCGCCCAUUUAAUGAAAGCCAUAGAUGAAAUGGAUGACCCUGAAAACAUGCCUGAGGGAUUAGACCUGCCUGUCUGGGAACGUUUCUGUUUGGCUAGACGAACAAAAGUGGAAGGCGAACAGCUGGUGAAACGGAAAGCCCUGACGCUAGCGGAGAUGCAGGCCUUUCUCCAGAAAAGGAUGGAUGAUGAUGAGAAGAUAAGGAUGGACAUUGAAAAAAUUUUAAAUGAACUCAAUAUGCUACGAGAGGAGAAGAUGAGGUUUCAACUGGAUUUGACUAUCCAAUUUCUGCUUAAACAAGGACAGGUGGAAUUGGAGAGUGCUGCUGAGCUAAUACCAGAUUAUACUGACGCUAUUCUCCUUCACAAGAGUGUUAUUGAAGAACUGAAUUGCACAAUCCGGGCUCAAGGAGAAAAGAAAAUUGCUAGCAUGGUGGAAAGUAAAGACUUCUCUAAAGGGAUAUUUCAGCUGGAAUGGGAACAUAAAAAAAUGAAGAUGCUGAUGGACGAUCUAAACCAGAGGGCUCGGGAUAUUCAAAAUCUGCAUCUUUCAAGAGAUCGCCAGCUAUUCCUACGCAUACUAAACUAUGACAGCCGCAUCACCCAACAGGUUUCAGUAAUGGAGCAGACGCUUGGUGUGAUGGAUAAGCUGCACAAGAAGAAUGUGAAGAACCAUCAGAAAGUAUUUAAAGAUCUGGAGAAGCGCAUCUGUCUAAAGGAACAAGCAAACUACAAACUCAGCCAGGAGCUGCAAGAAAUGCUUGUGUCUGUUUCAGAAAGGCGGCAUAUCUUUGAAGCAGCUGACACACAGCUGGUUUCUGAAAAAGCCGCAAAGGAGCAUUACCAGGAUAUUGUGCAGCGACGACAGCUAGUGGAUCUUGCAAAAGAACAGGCCGAAGAGAUUUCAGUUCUUCAGGCAGAAGUUGAAAGGCUGAGAAUGAGAACAUUUCCCGCCCUUUUUGAAAUGGAAUAUUAG